UCACACUAUGAGGCGGCAUUUAAAUUUUUUUGCCGGUUGCAAAACGCUGCUUUCCCAAAAAUUCGUAGCAACCGCGAGCAAUUCGAUUAUAUGGCCACGGACAAAACGCCAACGCCGGGUGCCCAGGUGCUCCACCGGACGAGGACGCGAUCCGCCAGGCGGCGGGACUCCAGCGGCGCCACCCCCUCGCCGAGAAGCCGGCGCACGGGCAGUGGUCAGCUGCAGCGGCGCCUCCGCCGCCUGAUUGUCGCCGAGCGGAGCGGCCGGAAGCGCUCCAGUCGCGACCAGGAGACGGACAUGUCCGCCUCCGGCCGGAGGACGCCCCUGUGGCUCUGGGCAGCCCUGGUCGUCCUGGUUAUCGGCGCCGGCGUGGGCCUGUGCCUGCAGCUCGAUGACAACUUCCUGGAGAGCUACAAGAACCAGUACCAUUCGAUCGUCCACAACCGGGACAACUACUGCGAUCGCGGCCAGCGGCUGGGCCACAUGGUCCAGCAGGCCCGGCGCCACGUCCUCCACCAGGAUGGGGCCCUGGAGCAGCUGGAACAAGCGCUGGACAGCCCCAGUCGCCAGAUCAUCGCCUUGGUGGGCUCCUCUGGCGUGGGCAAGAGCCUCACGGCGGGCAUCCUGCGCAAUCACUUUCCCUGGCCCGAAAAUGUGAGGACGCUCUCGUGGAGCGGCGCUCGAUCCGUGCGCCGUUUGGAGGGCCUGCUGACGCAGCUGGCUUAUUGCGGCCAGAAUCUAAUAGUGGUGGACAACAUGGAGCCAGCGGAUGCCGAGCAUGUGCCGGCCAUCAGUGAACUGAUCAAGGCGCACGACGAGAUCGCCAACCGAACCGAGCAGCCGCACCUGAAGCAGCUAACCGUGCUGCUCGUCUUCAGCGUGAAUCGCCUGCAGGGCGACGAGGAGUUUGAGGCGGAAAUGGAGACCCUGCGCCGACUGCCACGCAGCCAUGUCAUCACCUAUGCCGCGCUGGAAGCCAUUCAUCUGGUCGACUGCAUCCGGAGGGAAGCGCAGAACGCGCGGCUGCAACUGGAGGACGAUCAGGUGGAGGAGAUAAUCAGGGGAAGCGAUGCUCGCGCCUCUGGCUGCAAGUCCAUUCCGGCCAAAGUUCUGCUCUACGGCAGGCCAAUCGCAGAGGAAACUCAGGAGACUGACGUGGACCAUCCAACAGACUGAAUCAAGAGGUUAUUUAAA